AUGGCACCAGCCAAAACCAACCACGGAUCAGGAGACGUCGGCGGCCAGCCCAGCGCACCGGAGCAGCACGGGCCGCCAGCCACCCAGCAGACAGAACACGACUACGACAGCAUCUCGCUGCCGCAAACCCCCGACACCGCCCAGCGGGCCCGGGGACUGACCGACCACGACCACCCCGACACCGACAUCAGCAGCGGCAUCUGGCCAGCGGCGGACCUUGCCGCCGCCGACGACACUCCAACAGCCGCCGCCGCCAGCCCGUUGGUGCCGUUCUUGGUCUCGCCGAACUCGCCGCCCCGGCGCGAUGCCCGCCUCACCCCCUCCCCACCGCCACGAGCAACCACCGGGCCCCUGCCCCCCACCCACUGGGGACCCCAAACCACGGCAUGGCUCCAAGUCCAGGACGCGCCCAUCGGAUGGUCUUUUGCUGCUGGUGCUGCGGCGGAGCAGGAGGAAGAAUGGGAGGCGCGCGCCGGCUACGGCGACGGCGACGGCCACGGGGAGAACUGGGAUCAUGCAGCGGUGAACCUCGCGGGUGACGACAGCUCCCCACACGGGCCGAACCGCUGA